CCUGUUGGUGUUUGGCAGCUAUGACAACGAAGUUUGAAAAUGGGUGGGUUGACACCUCAAAAAAAGAAGCUUUCCUCCUCCAAAAUGUCUAAGAAAGCUCUGAAAUGCACCGUGCAAAUUGAAAUCAAAGCUGUAAGUACAACCUGAUAUGUUAUUUUCCCUCACUACGUUUUUACUUGAUCCAUAACGCCAAUAAUAUAUUAGCAAAUGAGCUAAUCUUUGCUAGCAAACGUUAGCUUGCUAUUCAUCUUCCAAUCAUCAAUAUACACACACUAGUGUCUAGAACUACUGCAGCCAACUGCUCUCACUGUGAGUAAAAGUAAACUCCCAAGCAAAAUAGCUAGAUCAAUAACGUUAGGCUUGCCAGCCCAUUGGGUUUGUCUUUUAACGUUAGCUAAUAAUAGCUACUAGUUAGCAACUUGUUGCACAAAGCAAACAAUUGCUAUCUAGCCCAGUAGCUAGCUACAAUUGAUUUGUUUGAUUACAGAUUACUUGUCCAGGGGUUGUGUUACCCAAUCAGGAAGACAUAUACCUGAGUGUCUGCGUCAUGGGACAGUUCAAGAAGACUCUCUGCCUGCCGCCUGUAUUCCCUCUUCUAUUCCAUGAGAAGAUGGUCUUUGUGAAGGUAAGAAGGAUAGAAAACACACACUAUACCCCGACCCACAACAUUGCUUACAGCAACACAAAACAACCGUAUUGUCACCUGCAAACUUGCUUUCGUAUGUUCUUUAUCUCCAUCUGAAGACGUUCACAGGAGCUGCUGACCCAGGUCACAUUGUGGACAUCCUAGAAGGUAGUCAUUUCUCAUUUUGAGCCUUUCUGAGAUCUCAUUUCAUAACAUAAAAAUCUUAUGUCUCUGUUAUCUUCCUAUAGCUGACACAACAUCCUUUGAACUGAUUCAGCUUGUGCCUCCAGGUAUGACUUUCCAGAAAUGUUUUUAAAAUGUCUAACAGUUCAUGGUUUUUAAGCAUGGUAGGGACAUGGAUUUCAUAAUUUCUAAAAGUAAUCUGUUUACAAAUCAUCUCUUGACUUGUUUUUUUCACACUACCUACACUGAGUAUACAAAACAUUAAGAACACCUGCUGAAUGCUUUCGAAACCUUGUAGAGUCCAUGCCCUAACGAAUUGAGUCAGUUCUGAGGGCUAAAGGGGUGCAACUCAAUAUUAGGAAAGUGUUCCUAAUGUUUGAUAUACUCAGUGUAUAUUAUCUGUUGUUAAUGAGCAUGGCUAUACAGUAGAUAGAACAAUGAACUCAUGAAACAAAUACCAAAAACUACACUGAACAAAAUUAUAAAUGCAACAUGUAAAGUGCUGGUCCCAUGUUUCAUGAGCUGAAAUAAAAGAUCCCAGAAAUGUUCCAUAUGCACAAAAAGCUUAUUUCUCUCAUUUUGUGCACAAAAUUGUUUACAUCCCUGUUAGUGAGCAUUUGAUCCUUUGUCAAGAUAAUCCAACCAUCUGACAGGUGUGGCAUAUCAAGAAGCUGAUUAAACAGCAUGAUCAUUACACAAGUGCACCUUGUGUUGGGGACAAUAAAAGGCCACUCUAAAAUGUGCAAUUUGGUCACACAACACAAUGCCACAGAUGUGUCAAGUUUUGAGGGAGUGUGCAAUAGGCAUACUGACUGCAGGAAUGUCCACCAGAGCUGUUUCCAGAGAAUUGCAUGUUAAUUUCUCUACCAUAAGCUGCCUCCAACGUCGUUUUGUAGAAUUUGGCAGUAUAUCCAAUCGGCCUCACAACCGCAGACCACGUGUAACCACGCCAGCCCUCCACAUCCGGCUUCUUCACCUGCGGGAUCGUCUGAGAUUGGGUGUGUGCUCAUUCUGAUUGGCUGGGCCUGGUUCCCCAGUGGGUGGGCCUAUGCCCACCCAUGGCUGUGCCCCUGCCCGGUCAUGUGAAAUCCAUAGAUUAGGGGCUAAUUUAUUUAUUUCAAUUGACUGAUUUCCUUAUAUGAACUGUAACUUUUUGAAAUUGUUGCGUUUAUAUGCUUGUUCAGUAUAUCUUUUGGUAUUUGUUUCAUUAGUCCAUUGUUGAUAUAGUCCCAAAAUGUUUUGCAUGUCAGCAUAUCUUGAAAAUGUGAUUGCUGACAUGCAAAACAUUUUGGGACUAUAUCAACAAUGGACUAAUGAAACAAAUACCAAAAUAUAGUUUUUGGGUGGUUUUACUUUAAGCUAUAUAUUGCUCUGUGGUUUUAGAGGGGGAUAUUUUGGCCACUAUUGAAGAGAACACCAGAGAAUUCCUCUAUCCAGGCCCCAAGCUGACGCCUAGAGCCGGUGGUCCCGAGAGAGAGAUGCUGAUGAGGAGAUCUAUCUGUUUCCCUGUGGGUGCACCACCUCCUCCACAGGCUUUGUCAUAUGUUAAACAUCUCCAAAGCCAAUUUCCUUCCAUUUUGUUUUCUUGAGAAUACAAUGAUUGUAGAUUUUGUGUUUGCAAAUUGAUCUUGCAAGCGGUGUGUUAUCUGAAGUCACUCUGGUUGGCUUUCCAUCUCCUUGUUAAAGGCUUUUGUUUUCUACUGUCCCCUCAGGGAAUCUCUCCUAAAGUGGAGUUUGCAACCAUGUCUGUCAUUGAGGAAUGUGAUGGGAAAGAUAGCCAGCCUCAGCCUGCCUCCCCUGUAAGUGUGUGUCCUCUCCUCACCGCCCUCAUCACACCAAUGUUCCCGUGUUCAUAAUGAAUUGUUCAGCUGUGAGAGAUUUGAAUGAUACCCAGACAGCCAUAGUUAAAAGGAAGGAGAAGAGGGUUUCUCAUUGCCACACAAGACAGUGAUCUAAAUGGUUAUUUGAUUGUAAAGCAUGUCUUAUAGCACAUUUCCCUUUAUCUUUGCUCUUGUGUACUUUUGAAUUGAUUCUCCCACUUCACUAUAGGCUUACUUAACGGUGGGAGUACUACCUAACAUUUUGUGUAGUCAGUUUAGGUUUGCAGCCUGUAUUGGAUUUUAUUGUACGGUAGGCUCCACAUAUAGUGAGCUGAACAUGUAUAAUCUUAGGCUGUAUCAAUUAUCCUUACACUUGUCAAGACUCUUGUCUUAGAGACAGUCAAGAUAUAUGUAAAUUGCUUUACAUGUUAUCAUUCAGAUUUUUAUGUCCUUGAUAAAACACGUUGUUGAAAAAUACAAAAUCAGGCUGAUAUAAUGCUACUAUAUCAACAUUGGUACCUUCAACAGUUAACAUUUAUUUAAUUUAUUUCCUUCCUGUUCAAAAUGAGGCAGAGGUUGAUCGUGCCACAUAUAUAAGAGCUCAGUAAUCCCCCUAGUUUGACAUUGACUAAUUAUUUCUGGACUUCUACAGAAUGGCAUUGUCUAUCAUUCUAGUCAUUUUCCACCAUAUACCUAUUUUGUUGCCAUGGCUACUGACAUCCCUGUAGUUUAGCAGCACAUUUAAGGGUAUCCUCUCCUUGUGAAUGUAAUUAUAGAGAAGCAGAUCAGUGGAAUUGAUAUCCAGGCCCAGUUCCUGGUGUCUUUAUGUGCUUUGUUUAGAGGAAGAGCCAGUCAGUCAGUGUUCAUAUCCCCUGUUCUCACCUGGCUUCUCCUCACUGUGUCCUUUGUAUUUAAAGGGCAACUUGUGCUCAGUUGCAUAACAUUUCCAUUUACUUUUCCAAACGGAAGAUUUGCAGCUCCUUUCAGGAUUUGUUUCAUAACGGGUGCUAUCAAUUUUGAUAGUGUAAUCCGCUCUGAAGGCUAUGCUUUAAAGGGGUAUUUGGCAGACAGACAGCAGGAGAGCGAGAGCAAGGUAGUCAUCCAUUCUCCCUGAACUUAAAAGCCCCUGCAGUCAGACCAAAAAAACAAACCUUAGGCCUUUGAGUGUUGUGAAAUGUAGGACCAUUCUCCAGGUGCUGUUACCAGAGCCAUUUAUUUUAAUAAGCAUUAUUGACAAAAUGGCAGGAUUUGGAUGGGUGUAGGUAUUCUGUCGUGACCCCCAAGGAGAUGGGAAUCAGAGUGAAGUGAUAGGGAGAAGCAUCAUUGAUGCUGCCUUUAGCCUUUCUUCAUAUGAUACUAAUGGAUACUCAGGAUUCUCAUUACCCUGGCAGGUUGAGCAAUGCACUGAGGCUCCUCUUUUCCACUUUUAUAAUAGGAACCCUUUAAAAUGUCCUGCCCUGUAAUGGAGAAUUCAGUCAUUAUUUUCUCCCUCUGUCUCUUGUAUCUAGUCUCUAAGACAGCUGUCUUGUCUAUUUCCACUGUUGUCACUCCUUUUUUGUCUGUGUUUGUGUGCAUGUCACUCUUUGUGAAGUCUCAUGGUGUGGACUUGACAUGGCAUUCUUUUUAAAUGGGUUUUCUUCGACAUGAUUUGCAUUCGUUUGAAUGGGUCUCGUUUCUUGUUUUAUAAGCUACUUGUGGCUCAGGCUUUGUUGUUUCAAGGACACCCUGCUUUAUCACCCGUUACCAAUACCACCCCACUAUUCACAUCAGACAAGCACCACUCAUGUUGGAAAAUUGCCCUUCUGUGUUUACACCAAAAAAAGAGAAAAUAAUAGAGAAAAAACAACUUAGUUUAAUUUCAUUAAAUCGGUCCACUCCAAAUGGCAAUCUCAAUCAGGAUUUAUUUAUUCAAUUUCCUAAAAAUGAGUUAAUAUGCCAGGAUGUCCCAAUUAGCAUUUAAAUUAUCUUUAUUUUACAACCAUGUAAUGCUAUUAUUAGUCUGAAGUUGGCCAUCAAAUGCAAUUAACAUUUUUAAACGUAUUUAUCUGGGCAUCGCCCGCAGGAACUAAGAUAUUGCUUCUCAGAAUUAUGUUAGUGACCAUUAGAAUUAUUGAAGUCAUUUUGCAACCAAGGUGAUAUCCCAGCACAGCGGUGUUAUUUACGUUGCAUAGUUUUAAUGGGGGGGAGGGGGCAGGCAGGCAGACUGAGCAUCUACCGAGCAAUAGGGCAGACUGAACAUCUACCACCCCACUAUCAGAUUAGGGGUGGGGACAAUUUAUGCUUUUUGUCCCCCCACUUUUUAUCUGAAAUCACCAUCACCCACUGAUUAACUUGACAUUUUUGCAGAUUAAAAAUGUUUUGAGCUAGUACUUUGUCAAGAUUUAUCUUUAGAAAGUAGCAUGGCAUUCAAUAUAAUGCAGGUUUUUUUUUUUUUCCUGUCUCAAAAGUGAAUGGUUUGAAAUGUUAAGGAGAGCUUCUCCCACUCUGACCAAUGAAUGCGACCAUGCGUAGCAAAAAUGAUUGCUUUCCUUUAUGAAUCAAAUCAAAUCAAAUCAAAUUUUAUUGGUCACAUGCGCCGAAUACAACAGGUGCAGACAUUACAGUGAAAUGCUUACUUACAGCCCUUAACCAACAGUGCAUUUAUUUUAAACAAAAAAGUAAGAAUAAAACAACAACAAAAAAGUGUUGAGAAAAAAAGAGCAGAAGUAAAAAUAAAGUGACAGUAGGGAGGCUAUAUAUACAAUAGAAUAAAGUGACAGUAGGGAGGCUAUAUAUACAGGGGGGUACCGUUGCAUAGUCAAUGUGCGGGGGCACCGGCUAGUUGAGGUAGUUGAGGUAAUAUGUACAUGUGGGUAGAGUUAAAGUGACUAUGCAUAUGAAAUUACCCUGUUCAUGUAAAAAUGACCAAAUACACUGACUGUUUAAAGCAAAACAACCAAAACUAUUUCUUAUGGUGAACCUGACAAAUCGAAAUAAAAUCUGAAUGAUUGAAACCCCCAAUCAGCAGUUGGAUGUUAGUUGCGUCCACUCCGGUAGGCUAAAACACAAUUUUCUACAGAGCAUUUGGUAACAAUGACCCAGCAAAUUACGUUGGUUGUCACUCAACUACUAAAGCCUAUGAUUUGACAUUGCGAAAGCCAUUUUAAAAGCAUCUGAAUGUGCCGUGCAGAUGUACAAAUAGCCAAUUAGAACAGGGAUAGGCCUACCUCUCGUUGGCGCGAGCAGCUGUCUCCAACACUGUGGUCCUCUGUAGCUAAAUUGGUAGAGCAUGGCGCUUGUAACGCCAGGGUAGUGGGUUCGAUCCCCGGGACCACCCAUAUGUAAAAAUGUAUGCGCACAUGACUGUAAGUCGCUUUGGAUAAAAGCGUCUGCUAAAUGGCAUUAUUAUUAUUAUUAUUACUGUGCGCACAGUUGUUAACCAGUUAAAUGUAAUCUACGUAAUCCCCAAAAGUAAUUAUUUAUCAUUAGAGGGCCAUAAACAAUCAUUAGUAAUGCUGCAUACUCAAAGGUUAAAAUCUCACCUUUCAGGUAAAGAUAAGUUAUAAAUUGGUGGUGUAGUCAGUUUUGAGGACACAGCCUCAAGUACACAGUACAAAUAUGAUAAAAAUAUGAAAUAUUUUAUGUAUUUCCUAUUCAACAAAACUGUAUGAAUAAGGCUUGAAAUGACUUAUAUGCUUUCUACAUAUAGCAUAAUCAAAUUAUAAAAUGACUAACUACAAUAUUUAACCUUCCUUAUAACUGUAAAAUACAUAUUUCUAAAGGUCUCUCUUGAUCAAAACGUCUGCCCCCAUCGUUGUGAAUGUCUCACAGAGCGCUAGCUUGGCUUCCUGAACUCGUUAGGAACUCGCCUUUCAUCUCAUAUUAAUCUAUGACAAACAGAAAGUGUUUUUUUGUUUAAAAUCUAUGAAUUAUUUUAGAUGAAUGGCUAUAAAUUGUGUCCCUAUACCGGGAUAGUUGCUGCUCAAUAUGCGAUAUGUGACAAGAAGGGCGUUGUAAACAACAGCCAACUUUCCGGGACAUAGACAUGUCAUAUAUGGGCAGAAAGCCUAAAUUCUUGUUAAUCUAACUGCAGUGUCCCGGUAUAACUGCAGUGUCCUGCUAUUACAGCAAGAAAAUACCAUGCUAUUGUUUGAGGAUAGUGCACAACAACAAAACACUUUUCACAGCAACUGGUUUGGUACAUUCACCUCUGAAGGUAAAUAAUGUACUUACAUUCAGUAAUCUUGCUCUGAUUUGUCAUCCUGAGGGUCCCAGAGAUAAAAUGUAGUGUAGUUUUGUUUGAAAAAUCUAUUUUAUAUUCAAAUGUAGGAAAUGGGUUGUACAGUUUGACCCCACUGCUGUCUCUGGCUCCACACCCGCCCGGCCAUCUAGAGGUGUGAAGGUUAGUGUCUUUUUUGUAGGGAAGCUAAUGAUCCAUCAUGUAUGACAUUCCUGGGAGUGUGUAAACUUAAAUGUUUUAUUACCAUAGCAUUUUUGUAUGUUCUCUAUAGUUAUGUACAUGAAAAUGUAAACAUUUACCAAUUCGGCACAUUUGGGAAAACUCCUGGCAGACUUGAUACAAAAUAUUGUGUAGUGAUGGGGCGGCAGGUAGCUUAGUGGUUAAGAGCGUUGUGCCAGUAACCGAAAGGUCGCUGGUUCUAAUCCCCGAGCCGACUAGCCCUUGAGCAAGGCACUUAACCCUAAUUGCUCCUGUAAGUCGCUCUGGAUAAGAGCGUCUGCUAAAUGACAAAAAUGUAAAUGUAAUGUAAAAUGAUGUAAUUCUUCACUGGAUCAGUCUGAAACGUUGCACACUCACUGCUGCCAUCUUGUGGACAACAUCUAAAUUACACCUAGAAUCCUACAUCACUGUCUGGCCUUUCUCUUGCAUUUCAAAGAUGAUUCUAAAAAUAAAACGCUUCUUUUUUUUGUAUUAUCUUCUACCAGAUCUGUGUUAUAUUCUCCUACAUUUAAUUUCACAUUUCGACCAACUUCAAAGUGUUUCCUUUCAAAUUAUAUCAAGAAUAUGCAUAUCCUUGCUUCAGGUCCUGAGCGACAGGCAGUUAGAUUUGGGUAUGUCAUUUUAGGCUUUUUUUUUGUUUUGUUUUAAAGGGUCCGAUCCGUAAUUAACGUCCCGUCCGAAAGACUGAAUCCUACACAGGGCAAUGUCCCCAAUCACUGCCCUAGCUUCAGAGGUAAACCAGCAGUGGGAUUCAGGGUGGUAUGCUGCUGGCCACUCUCUCCUGUUGUGCUACGAAGUAACGAUUGCAGGCAUGUGUUUUGUCCGUGGCUGUGAUGUAGGGUUCGGAAGAGCGAUUGAAAUGGUAGGAGGUAAAUCCCAACUUCAAGUGGUUUCAGAUAUCACAUCCUACGUGUCCGUGGGAACCAGGGCUAAAACCUCAACGCAAGCCAUUUCGAUCUAAGGUAUCCAUAGAUAGAUUUUAUAAGCGAAAAAUGUAGGUCGGUACCAGAACCACGCAGGUCCCCUAAAGAGGUUUAACUGACAGUCAUAUGCAGUUACAUGCAUAAAGUUUGAUAGGCUACUGAACUGAAGGAAAGCACGCAUCAAUUCAGUCACAACAGAUAAGAGGUAUUUUCGGAAUAUAACAAUAUGAGUAAAAAACAUUUGUGAACCGGCUAUUCGUAACGUUUGAAUCGGUUUUCUGACCGAUGCAUGCUUCAUUUGGAUCAGUUUGGGCUCCCGCAGACUGAUGUACUCCUUUCUUAAACAUUUGAACCGAUGUAUAUCGGUGAAUCAUUACAUCCCUAAUAUCUGGUUAGAUAUAGUAUGCUUGGCCUAUGCUCUUAAAUCCACAUAACUCCUAUGUUUUAACAAACAAACAAUCACAAUAUUUGAAAAAUCAAAAAGUAGCGUAUUUGUGCAAUUGCAGUAUACAGCCAAGUUGCAGUUGUGGUCACAUGAUUCUUGUGGACUCCAACCUGUUGCCCCUCCCUUUGCAGCCUUGUUGUAGUCCAUCCCCAGCCAGACCGUCCCCAGCGAGGCGUAGACCAGUCAGCAGGGCUGUCGGGAGCCCUAGACAGACGCUGAAAGGGAAGGAUCUGAGUCUGACUGGUCCAUCCAGUGGAUAUGAGCAGCCCACUGUGGCCUCCCAGGCCCGUGCUCCCUCUCCCUACACCCACCGCAGGAUGUGCCAACUGUCUGAGGAGGCCCGGCAGAGACUCAGCUACCUUCAACUUGGGCCCUACAGGUUCAAGAAGGAAACAGAGCCCCAGAUCCCCUUUGUGGUUGGUGUUGUUUACCUGUCUUGCUGUCUGAUAAACAGUUGGUCUGACUGUUUGUCUAUAUGUGUGUAGAGAUACAGUGGAUUUAAAAAGUCUACACACCCCUGUUAAAAUGCCAUGUUUUUGUGAUGUAAAAGAAUGAGACAAAGAAAUCAUGUCAGAACUUUUUCCACCUUUUAAUGUGACCUAUAACGUGAUCAAUUAAAUUGAAAAAAAACAAAUAUUUGAGGGGGGAAAAUAAAGAAUAAAAAACUCACAAUAACCUGGUUGCACACCCUUAAACUAAUACAUUGUUGAAGCACCUUUUGAUUUUAUUACAGCACUGUCUUUUUGGGUAGGAGUCUAUUAUCAUGGCACAUCUUGACGUGGCAAUAUUUGCCCACUCUUCUUUGCAAAAGCGCUCCAACUCUGUCAGAUUGCGAGGACAUCUCCUGUGCACAGCCCUCUUCAGAUCACCCCAGAGAUGUUCAAUUGGAUUCAGGUCUGGGCUCUGGCUGGGCCAUUCCAAAACGUUAAUCUUCUUCUGGUGAAGCCAUGCUUUUGUGGAUUUGGAUGUGUGCUUUGGGUCGUUGUCGUUCUGAAAGGUGAACUUCCUCUUCAUCUUCAGCUUUCUAAUGGACGCCUGAAGGUUUUGUGUCAAAAUUGCCUGGUAUUUGGAACUGUUCAUAAUUCCCUCCACCCUGACUAAGGCCCCGGUUCCAGCUGAAGAAAAAUAGCCCCAAAGCAUGAUGCUGCCACCACCAUGCUUCACUGUGGGUAUGGUGUUCUUUGGGUGAUGUGCAGUGUUUUUGCGGCAAACAUACCUUUUUGGAAUUAAAAAACCAAAAAGUUCAACCUUGGUUUCAUCAGACCAUAACACAUUUUCCCACUUGCUUUUGGGGGACUUGAUGUUUGUUUUUGCAAACUUCAGCCGGGCUUGGAUGUUUUUCUUUGUAAGAAAAGGCUUCCGUCUUGCCACCCUACCCCAUAGCCCAUUUAUAUGAAGAAUACGGGAGAUUGUUGUCACAUGUAGCACACAGCCAGUACUUGCCAGAAAUUCCUGCAGUUCCUUUAAUGUUGCUGUAGGCCUCUUGGAAGCCUCCCUGACCAGUUUUCUUCUCGUCUUUUCAUACAUUUUGGAGGGACGUCCAGUUCUUGGUAAUGUCUCUGUUGUGCCAUAUUUUCUCCACUUGAUGAUGACUGUCUUCACUGUGUUCCAUGGUAUAUGUAAUGCUUUGGAAAUUAUUUUGUACCCUUCUCCUGACUGAUAUCUUUCAACAAUGAGAUCCCUCUGAUGCUUUGGAAGCUCUCUGCGGACCAUGGCUUUUGCUCUGAAAUGCAACUAAGAAAAUGUCAGGAAAAUCCUACUAGAACAGCUGAACUUUAUUUGUGAUUAAUCAGAGUCACUUUAAAUGAUGGCAGGUGUGUAAUGACUUCUAUGUAACAUGAGUUUGAAUGUGAUUGGUUAAUUCUGAACACAGCCACAUCCCCAGUUAUAAGAGGGUGUGCACACUUAUGCAACCAGGUUAUUGGAAGGUUUUUAUUUUUCAUUUUUCCCCCCUCAAAGAUUUCCGUUUGUUUUUCAAUUGAAUUGUUCACAUUAUAGGUCACAUUAACAGUGGAAAAAGUUCUGACAUGAUUUCUCUUUGUCUCAUUCUUUUACAUCACAAAAACCUGGCAUUUUAACAGGGGUGUGUAGACUUUUUAUAUCCACUGUGUGUGUGUAUAUAUAUAUAUAUAUAUAUCAGCCCAGUUUUCAAUGUCCUAUUAUCUUACUUCUCAGUUAGGCUAGGCUAUUCCAUCAGCACUUCUUUCACUCGCUUUCUUUUAAGGAUCUCUGCAUGCAUUGUAAGUAUAAAUAGUUCACCCUUGUUUGCUGCAAACAUUUUAAAUGUACCAGGAUUGAAGGAUUUGCAUAUAUUUUAUAGGGAGGGUAUUGCUAUGAUCAAGCCCAAUAGAUCCCAAGCCCCUGGGCAUGGAUUGAGAAUAACUGGAAGGCCUUUCACUGGCUCCUCGUGUUUCUGUUUGAUUGUUAAUUUAAAUAACAUCCAGUCCUGAGGUGUAAAUAUCAAAGCUGUCAUUAAAGUAAAGAUUGGGAUUUAGCUGUGAUAUCAGUGUGGCAUUUUCCGGCAAUACAGCCUUUAAAAAGGGAGCGUUUUACAAGAGGAAAUCCCGGGGCUACAAUUAACCUAGUUAAUUAAGAGUCAAACCAUGAUUAACAAAUAGUUACCUAUUGAAGUAGCUGAGCCCCGCACUGAAUGCAUUAUCAAUGUGUGUUUAAAGCCUGCACUGCGCACGUAUGUGGAAGCAAAUAGCUCAUUUCUUCAGUGCGUGUAAUAGUCAUGUUUAAUUGAAGAGUGUGGGGUUCAGUUGACACAUCAGCUCCUAAUAGAGGUUGAGUUAGUGGUGUCGGUCAGCCUAAAAAGUUUCUCUCUUUGGUUAAACCUUUUUAUAGUCUUUAUAUAACUUUUGAUUAACUCUGGAAUUAAAGAUAAAUAUAGCAGGAGAAAUUAGCUCCCUGUGUGUCAUUACAUGCUGCUUAGUUAGCACCUCUAUUAUUAUUAUUAUUAUUACUAUGUUAAUUACUGACUUUAGCUGAUUGUUUUGUAUUUUAUAUGCUACAGGUCUCCAGUACUCUGAGUGCCUCCAUGAUCGAGACUCCAUCUCGUCUCUCCUCUAAAAGAAGCCUUCCCCACAGCAGGUCCACCAGCUUUGCUGCAGACAACUCAGGAGGUGAGUAAUUAUGUGUAGCAAUAUCUGUGUUGGUGGAUGUAAAUACAUUGUAUUUUUUGAUAUACCUGACUAACUUACAGGUUACCACUUUUGCAUUGUAUGGUACAGUACUGUUAUUCAAAUUUUUUCUCCUUAGAUUUCUCUCUCCUUGGCAGCUACAGACCAACGCCUGUUAAAGUAAGUCAAUAUAUAGAAUACAGUGGGGGAAAAAAGUAUUUAGUCAGCCACCAAUUGUGCAAGUUCUCCCACUUAAAAUGAUGAGAGAGGCCUGUAAUUUUCAUUAUAGGUACACGUCAACUAUGACAGACGAAAUGAGAAAAGAAAAUCACAUUGUAGGAUUUUUAAUGAAUUUAUUUUCAAAUUAUGGUGGAAAAUAAGUAUUUGGUCAGUAACAAAAGUUUCUCAAUACUUUGUUAUAUACCCUUUGUUGGCAAUGACACAGGUCAAACGUUUUCUGUAAGUCUUCACAAGGUUUUCACACACUGUUGCUGGUAUUUUGGCCCAUUCCUCCAUGCAGAUCUCCUCUAGAGCAGUGAUGUUUUGGGGCUGUCGCUGGUCAACACGGACUUUCAACUCCCUCCAAAGAUUUUCUAUGGGGUUGAGAUCUGGAGACUGGCUAGGCCACUCCAGGACCUUGAAAUGCUUCUUACGAAGCCACUCCUUCGUUGCCCGGGCGGUGUGUUUGGGAUCAUUGUCAUGCUGAAAGACCCAGCCACGUUUCAUCUUCAAUGCCCUUGCUGAUGGAAGGAGGUUUUCACUCAAAAUCUCACGAUACAUGGCCCCAUUCAUUCUUUCCUUUACACGGAUCAGUCGUCCUGGUCCCUUUGCAGAAAAACAGCCCCAAAGCAUGAUGUUUCCACCCCCAUGCUUCACAGUAGGUAUGGUGUUCUUUGGAUGCAACUCAGCAUUCUUUGUCCUCCAAACACGACAAGUUGAGUUUUUACCAAAAAGUUAUAUUUUGGUUUCAUCUGACCAUAUGACAUUCUCCCAAUCCUCUUCUGGAUCAUCCAAAUGCACUCUAGCAAACUUCAGACGGGCCUGGACAUGUACUGGUGUAAGCAGGGGGACACGUCUGGCACUGCAGGAUUUGAGUCCCUGGCGGCGUAGUGUGUUACUGAUGGUAGGCUUUGUUACUUUGGUCCCAGCUCUCUGCAGGUCAUUCACUAGGUCCCCCCGUGUGGUUCUGGGAUUUUUGCUCACCGUUCUUGUGAUCAUUUUGACCCCACGGGGUGAGAUCUUGCGUGAAGCCCCAGAUCGAGGGAGAUUAUCAGUGGUCUUGUAUGUCUUCCAUUUCCUAAUAAUUGCUCCCACAGUUGAUUUCUUCAAACCAAGCUGCUUACCUAUUGCAGAUUCAGUCUUCCCAGCCUGGUGCAGGUCUACAAUUUUGUUUCUGGUGUCCUUUGACAGCUCUUUGGUCUUGGCCAUAGUUGAGUUUGGAGUGUGACUGUUUGAGGUUGUGGACAGGUGUCUUUUAUACUGAUAACAAGUUCAAACAGGUGCCAUUAAUACAGGUAACGAGUGGAGGACAGAGGAGACUCUUAAAGAAGAAGUUACAGGUCUGUGAGAGCCAGAAAUCUUGCUUAUUUGUAGGUGACCAAAUACUUAUUUUCCACCAUAAUUUGCAAAUAAAUUCAUUAAUAAUCCUACAAUGUGAUUUUUCUUUUCUCAUUUUGUCUGUCAUAGUUGACGUGUACCUAUGAUGAAAAUUACAGGCCUCUCUCAUCUUUUUAAGUGGGAGAACUUAAAACUGUGGUCCUCUGUAGCUCAGCUGGUAGAGCACGGCGCUUGUAACGCCAGGGUAGUGUGUUCGAUCCCCGGGACCACCCAUACGUAAAAAUGUAUGCACCCAUGACUGUAAGUCGCUUUGGAUAAAAGCGUCUGCUAAAUGGCUUAUUAUUAUUAUUAUUAUUAUUAUUAUUAUUAUUAUUAUUGAACUUGCACAAUUGGUGGCUGACUAAAUACUUUUCCCCCACUGUGUAUAUAUAACACAUGAAAGACUAUAUUAUGUGAGUAAUAAACAUUAUAUGAAUGAUUUGGUGCUUGAAAAAAAUGGAAAUAUAUUGUAUUUCAAAUACUGCAUGUCUUUAUGUGAUUAAAGGUCCAAUGCAGCUGUUUUUAUCUCAAUAUCAAAUCAUUUCUGGGUAACAAUGAAGUACCUUACUGGGAUUGUUUUAAAUUAAAAUGGUCAAAAAGAAACAAAAAUAGCUUCUUAGCAAAGAGCAAAUUCUCAAGCAAGAAUUGGUGGUCUGAGUGGGGAGGGGAAAAUAAUUGAAAACUAGCUGUUAUUGGCAGGGAGGUUUGGAACUCUCUUUCUUAUUGGUCUAUUAACUAAUUUACCGCCUGGUGAUGUCAACAGGCAGGCCAAAACUUUUCAAACAGCUCUUACACUAAAAGGGUAUUAUCAUCAUUUUCGCAAUUUCCCAGUAUUAUAUUCCAACCUCAUAUUAUGGAAAUGUAUAUAAAACACAGGAAAAUCAUGUUUUUGACUGCACUGGGCCUUUAGGAGAAAUAAUGCAGUGCGUUCAACUGUGCUGAUCAAAGGUCUUCUUGUCUUUCUCCAGGUAGGCACUGGCUGUCUGAAGAAUCAGAAAUCCCCAGGGAAGUCUUCCAGACAGGACUGUUCCAGAACCACAGUCAGGAUGGCUCGGUCAGCCCUGGCUGCCCAGUCCUCUACCCCAGUGUGUGGCCCGAGGAGUCCCUUGCUCAGCCGCACCUCGCUCAGAGAGCGGUAACAACACACCCGCUACUGGAACACAGUUUAACACUCAUGCAUUUUUCUGUCUUGGCCUCUUAUGGGCUUUUUUAGUUUCCCACACAGCUGUCCUCCUGAGAUAAAGUUAGAUAAUAAGGAGCAUAAUUAAAGUCCCUGCUAAUGACUUGGUGUUUUGUCUCUGCCGUCCCCCGAGUAGUUUGUGCAGAUCAACAAUGGCAAGAUCUGAAGCUGUGUCAUUAGGUAUCUUCUCUAGCUUGACAUCGCUACGUUUUUCUCCCAGCUGAGUAAAAAGGGGAAGAAAAAUAGUUUUUUGGUAGAAUUUGACUUGACUUUGUCAUGCUCGGAGCUAAGCUAUUUGUGUUUGCUCAACAGAUGUUGAAAGGACUGCGGGAGAAACCAACUCUCCAAUAUUUCCAAUUAUAUGGUAUUGACAAUGUGGACCUCAUGAGAGCCUCAGACUUUGUACUUGUAAUCUUUAUUUUGAUCACACUCUACAGCCAAGAUUAAUAUCCCCCUCUCUCAAAUGACAGGAUCUGAUGUCUUGUCAUGUUUGUUCAUUACUUAAAAGAAAAAAAAGGAUCCAUGAGAAAACAAAGGAAAAUGGUAUUGAUUGUGUUUCAGCGAGACAGACUGCUUUUGACCUGACGCACACUUUAAUAAAUUCUGAGAGACCCUGUUAUUGAUCUGAACAGCUGCGAGCUAAACCAACAAAUGUUUGGUUGUUUGUUACGCCACCUCCCUUUUUUCAGUUCAUAAGUAAACAUUAAAAUCAAUAGGCAAUUUUAAACUGGAAAGUAAAUUGUAGGAAAUGAAUGAUGCUUCUCUCAAUUGAAAACGCGACAGAAGUCACAGAGCUGGAGAUUAAGCUGGGCUUUGUAGAUUCCGACGACAGGAGAAGGAGCACGUCUUGUGGAAGUCUUUGAUGGAAAAGCAAAUGAUAGAUCCUUACAUCAACUUUGCCCUCCACCCUCAGUCUAUUCAUGUUCUGAUGACCUGUCCUUUAUGACUAUCUGAAGCAGUGACUACAUUUUAGCUGAUUAAAGAUAAAAAGCAGCACCAAAUGGCAAGACAGCACGACUCCCUUACCAAUCAGAUGGCAAGACAGCACGACUCCCUUACCAAUCAGAUGGCAAGACAGCACGACUCCCUUACCAAUCAGAUGGCAAGACAGCACGACUCCCUUACAAAUCAGAUGUGGAUUGGAAGUACCGUAAUACAGCGCUUAGAAGUAUUUACUUUGUCUUUUGUAAGCCUCCUCUUAUAUGGCCCUUUUGCCAGUUAACGGACAGCAAUUCUUUUUUAUGUUGUACUAAACAAUAAGUCUGUGUCCCUAGACUAAUAGACAGUAUUCUCAUUGUUGACGUUAUACAGUUUAGGAUCGGAACACAGAACCCAAUCACACUUUUAGAAGAGUUGAAUUCAAAGAAAUGUGAAACAUUCAAAGCAUCAAUAAUCUAGAGUAGUUACCUACAUGCUCCUUGGGAUACAGCACAGACUAGUGGAGAAAAGGAGUACUGUUCAGAACACAGAUUACUUUUCUUUUUUGAGUGUUGGGGACAAUAUUGCAGAUACAUUUUGAUUUGGUUUCCUGCUUACCAUAAUGUUACAUACUUUGUUGUGUGAAGGGGAUGUGAUGCGACUGGGAUGUCAUUAUUCUAGGUUCCAUAGUAGUGCGUCCAGUCCGUCUAAGGAGAUCCACAGUCGAGUCCAGAAGAUUCUCCACACCCAUGCUACUGACAGGAAACUACACUUUGUGAGUAACCUAUGACCUUUUAGGAUAGACAAAGCAUAGGCUCCUACUGAUAUUGACAGAUCAAUGCCUAAGAAGCAUUUAUAAUAUGGAGCUUGGAACACUUUUGUUGGUUAUGAAGAUUAAUAUGCAUGUUAUGGAACAUUAGUUCUGCACUACAUCUUUGUCUAGGCUUGAUUUUACUUAUUUGAUGAGCUGAACUUCCUCUCACCUCUGUGUUGAUUUUUGUUCCCCAUUUCAAUUUAAAGCCUUGAAAUACCUGUUCGGCUCGGUUUACCUCAAAUGGAAAAAGCUGUCGAGUUGGCAGGUGUUGCGUUAAUAAGACGUAUCACUUCCCACCCUUUGCUGUUUGACAUGUCCUGAUGGCGAAACCAAAGGGAAAUCUGUUUAAUUACUCUAAAGCUGUCUGAAAUCCGCUCUGAAAUAAAAGGGAGACGGGGUUCUGUGGGUGGGAGAUCUUCAGGCAGUAAGCUUCUGUUAAGGGCUCAUCUUCUCUAGCACAAACAGAGAGAAGGUACCAAGGAGCCUCAGCAUGGUGCCAACAGCUACAUGGCUGAAGCAGAGCUUCAAGAGGAAGAAAUGCCUAAUCCACACAUAAUUAAAAGGAAAGACUGAGGGGGAUUUACUAAAAGAGAAUGAAAUCAAACAACUGAAAGAGCUUAACUUUAAAUAGGAUAUUUUGAAUUAUAGUAAACAGUGCUAUAUUUUUAGGGUUUGUGCAAUGAAUUGAUUCGCUAAUGUCACAUAUUUGUCACACACUUGGGAGUGUAUAAUCUGUUAAUAUUUUCAGUAAUGCUCAAUAAUAGUAACAAUAAACAAAAUAUUUGUAUAUUUUCAGGACAAAGAUGGGUGUUCGGCUAAGCGGGGGCCUCAGCUCUCCUGUGAAGACUCUUUAUGCGACAGCCAGGCCUUCCAGGACAGGUACACACACUCUAGGCCUAUCAUAAUACCAUGAAACACCUAAUAACUGACAUCUUCAUGUCAUCAUAAUAAUAACCAGAAAGAGGCUUUCUACCGUUUUGACAAUAUAUUUUUGUUUGGCAUUUAAUCCUGUCUGUUUUUAUAUGUUAGUUAUCUUUGAACAAUAAUUAGAACGAUGUGCACUAAUGGUCUGUACUGUAGCAUUAAUGUUCUUCUUAACCUGAUGCCUUUUCUGAUGUCCUCCCGCUGCAGGGACACUCCUGGAGAGACAUCUGUCCACCUGGACAAUGGGACAUUCUGGAGCAGCCAGGUUGCCCGCUACACAGGGAAACACCACAGGGCUGUGUUUGAGGACAGUCUGGGACUCAUCUACAAGAACUUGUACAGGAGGGCCUCCAGCACCACCUGAGACCUACAUAAAUCAUUGCUUCAGACACCUGGCUGGGCUCCAAUUAUGACUGUGGUGGUACUUGAGAUGGCUAAGAUGAAGGAACACUGAGCUAUACUAUAACCAAAACUUUGUCAUAUGUGCCCAGGUGACCAACUGAUUCAUGAACUAAUAGUUUUGCAAAAAUAGUUUCACUUUAGCACGAGUAUAUGUAAACAGGUGGAGUAACAUUCAUGAAAAUGAUUUAUAGGGUUACAUUCGUGCAAUAGUUCCCCUAUUUAAAUGGUUUUAUUUAUACUUUUUUAUAAAGACAGGCAUUUUGACGCUAAGAAUGUUUUACUCUAAACUGAUUUAAUAACUGUACUUUGAAGGAGACAGAUUAAAUAUUCAUUUUGAAUUGUCUUUGUCUAAUUUGUGGAACUAAUUCUUAUUAACAACUUGGGAUGUAAAAUCCAACAAGAUCUGCUACUCAAAGUAAUUUGAAGUUGACCCUUCUGCUCCUAAUGGCAGAAACAUGGUUCCUGACUGUUCUGUAGGGUAGUCUGCUGGAGAUGAGCUCCAGAGAGUCCACCAUCUGUGGUUUAGCCAGAGAACGGGCCACCAGGACAGAAGACUUGACAGUGCAGCGC